UUAGAGGACUCUCUAAAGGCAUUAAUUAAACAGCUUUAGUCGGUGUAGGCCUCAGUUUCCGGCGGGCGGUGUGCACUGCGUCCCCCACCAACAGGCUACAAUCUGCGGAUAAGGACACUAAUCAAGGCCGUGGCUUUAAAUGAGAAGGGGAGAAAAGCCUAUUUACGAAAAUUCAAUUAAUGCAUUUGGACUUUGACUCUGUUUUUUCGGUACAAAGCCGAGGCAUAUCCCAGCUCGCUGUGCAAUUUGUCCGCUUGUGCUUCAAGUUCGAGCUUUAAUUUAAGUUAAAAGACGCGUCUCGCAGCUUGAUAAGCGAUGCAUAAUUAGUUAGCUAGCCAAUUUUGUUUAGUUUUCCUAGAUGGCUAGGUGAGGUGGCAGGCGAAUUUUGCUUCUUUGACCCAAAUCGCGGUAUCGUAAUGAAAUUAUCCCAGGCUCGAUUAAAGUUGGAAUCGACCAGGGUCCGAAACAGAGCAGAAUGACUGAGCUUUAAACGUUAGGUUUCGUGAUAAUCGAGCUAAUUGGAGUGUUAGCUAGCCAGGAUAGCUAACCCUGCCAAUUGGUUCUUGCUAAUGAGGCUGUGGCUUAAUUAAAAAAAUUAUCCGGAGAUAACGGACGCCCCGGGACUCUUAAAUACAUCUGGAUUCCACGGAUUGUUUCGAGGAGCUGGGAGAGACCAUGGGUGGGGACAGCGAUGGGGGGUCAAUGUGGCUGUGUCCUUUGUGUCAACAAGGUCAAUUAGACCGGGAUGGUCUUGCUUUGCACCUGGCUGAAAAACACAGCGUGCUUCCUGCUUGCCUUGAUAAGCUGCUGGACAUUGCGGCUCCCAAACACUGUUCCAGUGAUGAAGACAGAGAGUCUGGUACACAAAAUGAUAUCAAUGGCACAUCACAGCAGCAGUGUUCAGAAAACUCACCUUUAAUGGAGUCUCAAAAAGAAGCUGUGUCCAGUGUAACUGACCAAGAUGGUUCCUCCCAGGAAAAAGAAUUGUGUGAUGAAUUGGGAGGAGUGGGAAAUGAGAAUGACUGGAGUAAUAUGGAAUCCAAUCAGGAUAAUGUUACGCAACCUGAAAGGUCAGAAGCCUCGGUCAGUGAUGAUAAAUCCAAUGAUAAAAGCAAUGCUGCUGCUGAUGGCGAUGUUAACCACCCUUUCAAGUGUCACGCAUGUUUGGAAUUCUUUCCCACCAGAUCGGCAUUGAGUGUACAUUAUAAUUCAGCCACUCAUAUCCAAAGGAUGAGAACAGGAGCAGGGAAUGACAGCGAGUCCUCGACCCCUAUUCCCGCUCGCCCUUACGUCUCUAACAAACCUUACCAGUGUGCAGUGUGUCGUGUCUCGUAUAACCAUGCCAUCACUUUGGAAAGUCAUUUAAAGUCCGUAUUGCAUCAGAGUCGUAGCAGAAAUGCUGGAAAUGCUGCAAUUAAUUCCACAACAAAUGCAGGAAAUGGAAAUGUAGCAGCAAACGUGGCAGCCACUACUGUGGCUAAUACCACACAGUUAGCUUAUGUUACGACCAGUAAUUGUGUCACCCAAGCAAGCUUGACUGCAUCUCAAGCGAUAACCAAAGAUGAAGAACAGGUUAAGCCUCAGCCUGCACCCUCAUUGCUUUCUUCUCCAGUGGCUUCAGCUCAGGCAGUAUCAGCGUUUCUUACUCUCUUAACCUCUAGUCCAAACUCUGUCCCACAGUCCAUCCUCCCCUCUCUCUUUGCUGCUGGAACAGGUGCUGCAACAGGAACAGCAACUCCUCAUCUAAUAACCCAGCCUCAAAUGCUUAUGCCCCUCAUCUUGAAUGGACUCCAACCCCAGAGUCCAUCCUCAGAGUCCCCCAAACAACUUUUGCAGCAAACAGUACCGGUCCUUGGUCUCAGCGCAGCACAGCAGGCUCUCUUGGCCCAAGGACUUAGUGGAUUGCAAAAUCAGUGGGCCGCUUUUAGACUCUCCAAUGCAGCUCAGAUGUCUUCAGAAGAGAAUGACAGUAGUGCUGAUAAGGGAGCAGGCACAAAAGUAAAAAUUGAGGAAUCGCACCAGGAGUCUUGCGAUCAACAAGUGCCACAGACCUCUGAAGAAGCCUGGACCACGGAUGAAGGUUCUGUGAAAAGCGCUAUUAAUAAAGUAGAGGUUAAAAAAGAGUGCAACAGCUUAAACUACGAGAAUCAAGGUGUUGAUGAGGGCAUGGAAUGCAAUGACAAGAAGCAAGAGAAGGAUAAUAUGGAUAUGGAAAGCAUGGACGAAGAGGGGGAUCUGGGAGAGAAUGCAAAAAGAAGUUCUGAUGCAAAUAAAGACUCGGCAGGCCAGGACCUUCAGUGUAGUUGUGCAUCAUCUUGUCAUACUGAAUCCUGUCAGUCUCCUACACACAAUGAUAAAAAUACUGUAAACAGUUCAGAGGUAAAACAUAGCCCUGCAAAAUGCAACCCCUCCAACACUAACCUUGCCUUAAUGUCCUCACAGCAUAAGAGUGCCAAGGCUCAUGCAAUCUUGUCCUCAGGACCUCCAAUACUAACCGAGUUUCAGUCUCAGGUUCUUUGGGCCUUUAUUGAGUCGCGAAACGAGGCUGAUUCAGCAAUUCCACCAAAAGAGGACUGUGAAGCCCUUGGCAGGGAAGUAGGGCUAACUGAGGAUGAGGUACGAAGAUGGCUGGUCGAUGCACGCCGUGCCAAAGAGAGACAGAGUGCAGAAGGAAUGGAGCAUGAUGAAAUAGAAGGAAGCAUUGAAGAUGAUGAAGGUGCUCUAAUGAUAGAUGAAACCGAAUAUGGACAGAGUCCAUCAGCUGCAAGUAGCCAUGCGAUGGAUCUCUCUAACAACUCUGAGAAGCACAAAGAACGAGUAUAUAGCCAAAACCAAGGGGACUUGUGCUUAACCUCUGACUCAGAAAAUGAAGAAUUCUACACUUCUGUUAUUGUAACUGAUGAGGAGAGCCAAAGCAGUUCAGUGAAAGAAGAGCCAAGUAGCCCAGUUAAACAGCCUUCACAAAUAGAAACAUCAGGGGAAAGGUCUAGUGGUGGAGGAAAGGUUCUCCGCUCCACUACAGUCUUCCUUUCAGAUGCUGAAGAUGAAGAUGAAGAUCAGGGUGCAAAAAAUAAAAAGAGAAAGCGGGAGAUAGAUAAGGAGGAAUCAGAAUGCAAAAAGGAGAGGCAUGAUGCUGAUCUUGAUCUUCAGUUAGAGGCACAAGCUGAUCCUCCCACUCCACUUUCAGUUGCAGUUGACCAUCAAGGUCUUCCAGCUGGAAUCUUGCAUCCCUUGCCUCUUUCCCUUUCGUUGGCCCAAUUUCCGACUCAGUUAUUCAGUCCCUAUGUCCUCUCGGUUCCGUCAUCUGUUGUUGGUGUUGGUGUUUCGGAAGCAGAUCGAGCAAAAGUAGCAACCUUUACAACUCCCACAACUAUUACUCGCACUCAAGCUCCUUUCUCUGACCCACUUCAUGGAGCAGCCAUUGGUUCUCUUGCGCAGUCCACCCCGUUCAUAUCCAAUGGCAGUGAAUGUGAGUCUGCCUUAGAUCUCAGUAUAGGGAAAAAUCAAAGUUCAACAACCUCUGCCUCUGUCUCAGCAAACAGCAAGGUAUCCAUACAGAAGACUGCUUUGCUCGAUGGUCUUGGAUUAAGGCCUACAACUGUUGGUGUCCCUGCUGACGGGAGUCUUAUUGUUGUUCAGGUUAAGCCUGAUACUGCCAUUACAAUCCCAAACUCUAACACUACCAUUGGUAACAAUAAUAGCUUGGCUAAGACAAGCACAGUGUUCAUGAGGGCUGCAGAGAAAGUAAAUGCCUCCUUAAAAGACAGUGAACAAGAAAAGGCAAGAGACCAAAAAAGAACGAAUGCAAGGAGGUUCAGGGACAUGAGAAGGUCCAGGACUAUCAUUCAGGCUGACCAGCUGGAUGUGCUCUAUGGAUGUUAUUUCAAAGACCCAAAUCCAGGAAAGCAUGAAUUUGAACAAAUAUCAGAGUGGGUGCACCUGCCAAAGAAGGUAGUACAGAUUUGGUUUCAAAAUAUGAGGGCUAGGGAGCGUAAAGGGGAAGUUCGUUUCAUCAGUGAUGGCACAUUGGCAGCUGUUGGAAAACCACUUAUUAAGUUUACUUGGCCACUAACGAAGCCCAUUUUUUCAAGUACCCCCAAAUCCAACUCGAGCCCGACAACUCCUGGCUGGGUCCCACUUAAGCCACAACCUGGCAAUGAUACCCUUAAGACAGAAAAGCUUAUGGAGGUUAAAGAACCACAGAAAAUUCCUAUACAAAGUCUGAGCAGGCCAAAGGAAGUGACAUCAACUACCACUGCCAACAGUACAUCAGCACUCAAGACGAAAGGUGAGGCAGUGAAUGCAUUUACGAUGGUUAAAAUCGCCCCCAAAACUGUGGCCCCAAUAGUUACAGUUCCAAUACUGACCAGUAGCUCUGCCAUUCCCCUAAACCCUCAGAAGCCCAAGCUUGAGGUACAGAGUGAUCCAGACAGGGCAGAGGAGAAGGAUAGACAAGAUCAAGAAAAACACAUCCCUGGCACAACAAACCGCAUGGUUCCGAAAGUGUCCACUACCCCAAUUAACAAAUCUCCGACUGUGGCAACUCAGAAACACAAUGGCAUUAAUUAUUGGUCUCAGAAGGGUCAAAUUAAGAUCAAUACUCUGUCCAGGGAACAGUUGGGCCUGAGCACCCCACGCCCUAUCAUCACUGCAACUUCAGUCGUAACUCCUUCCAUGACGGUUACUUCAACACCAUCCAGUCAAAACCAAAAAGAAGCCAAUUACAUUCAGCAGCACUCCACCCCAAGAAGACCACGAACACACCUGAACUGUCUGCAGCUGUCCAUUCUCCAGUCUUGCUAUGAGACCUGUGCCCAUCCAAAUGCAUUAGAGUGUGAAGCAGUUGGGACAGAGCUUGGUCUUCCACUUAAAGUGGUGCAGAUCUGGUUCCAAAACACGCGUGCCAAGGAGAAGCGUUGGAGGCUACAGCAAGAGAAGCUGUCUCCUAAUUCCAGUGACCCUUCCAAGAAGUUGGACAUCAGCUCGGGCACUUACCUACAGUACAACGCGCUCAGAGCAAACCGUCCAAUUCUGCCCAAACCAGUACAACUGACAGUUCUGGAAAGUUCUCAGUUACCUUCCGGAGGUCAGCCAGCAGCUCGUGAAACACUAAGAGGGAAAUGCGAUGUGUGUAACAUAGAAUUCGAGUCCAGGGCCGCUGCACGAGACCACGUUUUCUCUCCUCGGCAUCUUGCGACUCUGAGAACCACUAACUUUGGUCAGUCUGCAACACAGAUUAACAACGGAUCGGCCGGUAUCGUGAGCCAGGCUUCUACGAGAUCACCAGCUGGCAGCACUAGCUAAGAAAUGAACUUGAGCUGCUUCGUUAAGUGGACCCACUAGGCUCUUAUGCUUUUAAUCGGCAACGGUGCUCGUUUUUAAAGCUAACGCUCUUUUAAUUCUGCACCAAUCACAGUGGGCCUGAAAAAACUCUCCACUUUUGGAUGUCAGCAAGAUUUGAUUCUAAACCGAACUCCUUUCAAUGACUUGUUGCCACAUCAUUUCACUAAUAAUAAUUAAAUGAAUUGGUUAUACUGGACAUGCAAUUGCUUAUGUUGUAACGGUCUUGUUUUAUGUCUUUCACUGCUUUGUCUCCGUUUUAAAACAUCUGUUUCUUUUGUGCUUGUUUAUUAUCCUUUCUUGCUAAUUCAAAACACUCUGGCUGUUUGGGGGAAAAUCUAGCAAUGGACCACCUGAAACUCAUCAAAAGUUAUUCAGUGAUUACGUACAUGGUACUACUUUUGCUUGAGCCAGAAACGGUGUUGCGCAUCGGCGUUUUAAUUCAGAGAUCUUAUAUUUUAAUCAGAUUUUAUUUGCUUUUUAACAUGUCGUCAUUGGGAGUUUUUUAUUUUGUUUUCCACAAGGUGAAUAAGAUCAUGGGUGUAUCAAAAAUGUACAAAUAGCUGAUGGGAAGUAAAUACGGUAGGCAAGUGCUGAUACUGAAAUGUCAUGACAAUUGCUUUUUUUUAAUCACAUCUUAUCACAAUAUAGAAUCCGAAAACAUGCUUUCAGACAUUUUUAGGCUUUUUAUAGAACUCUAGUGCACAGAUUUAUGGGAUACAUGCAAUGCCGCUUCAGAUUUGGCCGGAAUAAGGGCCCUUAGUAGACCGCUGUCUUUACGUUGCCUUCACUAUGAGACAGUUUAUCUUGGGGACAAAGUAGGUGCUGCCUCCUUUGAAAUGCAAGGCAGUGAGUGAUGCAUUAAUGACCACAAUAAUAUUGCGAUAUAUUGUAAAAACAAAAAAUAAAAUGAAUCAAUUAUUGGCACAUACAAAUAAAGUAUAUGUUGUUUGUUUUGGUUUUUUUUUUUUAAGAAACCGAGGGAGUUGGCAAGUGCUCUGAAUCCAGACACACACUAGGAGGCUGUUAAUGAAACCACAGCGCCUCUGUUUGCCAUCAUGACAAUCAUACUAUUUUUAUUUUUUUCCUUUUCAAACUCAACUGGCUAAAUCUGCAAAUGUCAAAUGGUUGUCAUGCAGCACUUUUUCUUCCUUUAAAGGUCUGAAAUAUUUUAAGGUUUCCAUACUGCUUGGAAUAAAUGUUUGUAUUAUAGUGAUUUACUGUAUGUCAGAUUUUACUGAAGUGUUGCCAGCUUCCGCUGUAUUUUAUUAACACAUGGACAGGAAAGGAUCAGACCUAGCCGCUGUGCAAAAAGCCAAAGUUAAUUCUAUAUGCUAGCGCAAUUUUAAAGGAUUUUGAUAUGAAUUUGUGAAACAGCAAAAUUAUAUGAAUUGUAUUUCUCCACGUUUAUUAUUAUUAUUAUUUUUAUUUUUUUGUUUCCCUCUUCAGUUUGUCAUAACCCUAAUGUGUUACAAAUAAUCACUGCUUGCACCAGGUUUUUAUGGGAGAGAAGUCAUUUUAUAUACCCCCUUUUCCUCAUUGUGUUUUACAUGGGUGCAAACUGAGUACUUGUGCUGGGUUGGAACUCUUUCUUUCUUUUUUUUUUUUUUUCUUUUCUUUUUUUUCCUUCUCCAAGGUGUCUCCAGCAUGACCACGAGGUACUUUCUGUGGUUUUUUUUAUUUUCUUUUGACAAGUUUGUCUAUUUGUUAAUAUGGAAACUACUCAGUGUGACCCAAUGUGUGAGUUUGAAGGAAACGAAAUACUAAAGAGAACUGUCAUUUCAUUUAUGUUUAUUUUUUUUUUAAGUUGUAUAUUGUUAUUAAUGUUACUAUUAAUAGUUUUAACAAGAUGCAAAAACUAAAAGGUAACUUUUUAAAAGGAACUCUAUUAUCGAAAUGGUAUUCCAAAGUUAAUCAUCUUUCUCUUGCUUUCUGUCAAACAAAUGGAAAAAAACAAAAACACAAAAAAAAAAAAAAAAAAAACCAAAAAGCAUUUUAAGAGAGCGAGAGAGAGUGUGUUUUGUAAUGGAUUUCCCACACCUUGACACUUUGAACAAGUCCAGGAAGGUGUUUGAUAUAUUGCCGCUGAAAUAAUUGUGUGCAUUUCAGCCAAAAACAAAGUGGAGCACUUGGAUGUGUGACGAUUGAGAAGCGUGUGGCGUUUUUUUUUAACGCACCUCCGUUAUUUUUUAAAACACUCUGUGUUGAGCUGUAGCUCGUGUUCGCUGAGCAUGAACUGAACCACAGUGCUAAACGAUGGGAUCACACAGUGUUGCACUGUUCCAAGUUGAGAGGAGGCGCAGAGACCUGCUUUUUGACUGAUUUGAUUUUUUUUUUUUUUUUUUCGGGGUUUCCAUUAACACUUUAUCACUUGUUAUAACUACUACUUGCUAUUGUUUUCAUUACUAUUAUCACAGUUUGAUUAUUAUUAAUUCAUUACGGUUUUAAUAGCAUCUUUAUCUUCAUUGAGAUGGUCUUGGUAUACUGCGAACUGAUGGUGAAAGUGUUGUUAAGAAAUAUUAGAAUAUUGUUUAAGCUUGUUUGUUUUUUUCCCCCCCUUAUACUUGUACCUUCAUUUUUGUGUUGAAUCUCCUUUGUUUUCUUAUACAGAAAAAUAAACUGAACUUCACUUA